AUCCAGCAUGGCGGCGCCCCAUGCCGUUGUCGGAGUGGAGGGGGACAACAGUGAAUCGGGGCUGAUUUUGUCACCGGAUUCAUCCACCGGAGACGUGAAGAGACCUCAAUUUGGGACACGUUUCCUCACAGACCCGCGGCAGGUCUUCCAACACAAUGCAUGGGACAAUGUGGAGUGGACUGAGGAGCAAGAAGCAGCUGCCAAGAAGAAAGUGCUAGAAAACAGUCAGCCGCUGCCUCAGGAGAAACAAGAUGACUUUGAUUGCCGGGCCAAUGAGUUCUGGAAUGAUUUCUACACGAUACAUGAAAAUCGCUUCUUCAAAGACCGUCACUGGCUCUUCACGGAGUUCCCAGAGUUGGCCCCACAGUGCGGCCUUAACCAGGAAACCCAUCCUGAAGGCUCUGGCACAGAUGGCGGUCCGCAGGGUGGUCUGGAUCAGGAACAAAGCAGGGAUGUAGCAGCUCUGCCUCACACCGAUGGCGACUUCCCCGGCUCCUCUGCCACAUAUCGCAUUCUGGAGGUUGGCUGUGGUGUGGGAAACACAGUUUUUCCAAUCCUGAAGACCAACAAUGACCCGGGACUCUUUGUGUACUGCUGUGAUUUCUCCAGCACUGCAGUGGAGUUAGUCAAGACUAAUCCAGAGUACGACCCUGAGCGCUGCUUCGCCUUUGUUCAUGACAUGAGUGACGAGGAGGCCAGUUACCCCGUCCCAGAUGCAACCCUUGAUGUUAUAGUGUUGAUCUUUGUGCUGUCAGCGUUGCAUCCCGACAAGAUGCAGGCUGCCAUCAGUAGAUUAGCGCGGCUGCUGAAGCCCGGUGGAGUGAUGCUGCUCAGGGACUAUGGACGCUACGAUAUGGCGCAGCUCCGCUUCAAGAAAGGAAGGUGUCUGUCAGAUAACUUCUACGUCCGUGGUGAUGGAACCAGAGUUUAUUUCUUCACUCAAGAUGAGCUCCAUGAGAUGUUCAAUGAGGCAGGACUCGAGAAAGUGCAGAACCUCGUGGACAGGAGGCUACAGGUGAACAGAGGGAAACAGCUCACCAUGUACAGAGUGUGGAUCCAGUGCAAGUACCGCAAGCCUCUCGUUCAGCCCCCUGAGGCGCAGGGCUGAACCCACCUGGCUACGACUGAAACCAAGUGCUGAUAUCAAGACGGUGCUGCCUCUUUUUUACUAAGGAUGUAUUGGGAAUGAGAAGCUCUAUUGUUAUUGUGAUGAAGGGGGCUGCAACUGGAUAGCGACAUACUGUAAAGGCCUUACACUAUCCCAGCUGCUUUAACGCUGACAGACUCGUUGUAUGGCUAGGGUUAUUGAUGGUAUUGCAAUCCUAGAGCCACAAGAGUGAUGAUUUCUCAUUUUCUGACAAUGAGUUCAGUAAUUGGAGAAAAGGGCUGGUUACUUCUGUAUCGUUUCUAUUCAACCAGACAUUUUUAAAUAAAUGAUGUGAUGUUUUGAAAUAAAAUGCAUGAUUUUUAAGAGAA